AUGCAAAGAUUGCACGUGCUCAAGCAGCGAAUAAAGAAAUCAAGAUUCACAAGGCCCAAAGAUUUGAUUCUAUUACCUUUUAACAAUUCGGCAUUGGAUUUAGAUAAAAGAUUUUUUGAAGACUUUAGUAUCCCACAGGAAGAGAAAACUAUAAAUCCUAAUAAGUCAGGUGAUUCCUUUCGAAUUGGCAUGAGAUUUACUCGCAAGACAAUGAAAUUAUAUGUUGAUUUUUAUUCAACCGAUAUGCCGAUAUUAUUAUUGGGUAUUAUAAUUGGGCCUGAAGG